AUCGUGCUCACUGAACUGCCCUACCAUCACCGUUUCCACACGUCUGCCUGACCUGCAACACUUGCGCAAACUACUUUCCGACCGACGCGUUGCAUCUGAAUUUGACUGCACAACCACAAACUUCAAGAUGGCGACUCCAACCCCCAUACAAAAUAUGCCCAUCCCACCAGAAGAACGCCUAGCCCUCGAACAACAAGCCCGCUACCAACGCAUAACACGCAACCUAGCCAUCGGCGGCCUUGUUCUAUGUCCAACAAUAGCCGCCAUGCCGCCCCGAAAAUUAGACCUCUACACAUUCUCCCUGGGAAUCGGUUUCUACCUCUCAGCCGACCACCUUAUAACCCUACGUACGGGCCGUGGCCUUGUACAAAACCUCAGUCCAAUGCGCACAAUGGAACUACCCACCGAACGCGCCAAAGAGAUGCAGAAGAUAUUGCAGGAGGAGAGGGAAAAGAGUAGAAAGAGUCUAGAGCGGAAGGAGGGGCAAGAGAAGAGUAUACUGGGGAAGCUGUGGAUGGGUGAUGAGGAGGAAGGAUGGAAAGAGAGGAGACUCGAGGAAGAGAAGAAGGCGAUUGAGGAGGGGAAGAGUUAUGGUGAUAUGAUUUUUGAACAGAUCUGGGAGGUUUGGAAUUGGGAUAAGAAAGGAAAGGGCGCUGACGGGAAGAAAGAGUGAAUGAACAUCCGGGCCUCGGGAGCCAGUUCUGUUUGUAUAAUAUGGAUGUAAGAUACCGUGGAACCUCACGUUCAUGAUGCCACGACUUGAAUGCCUCAAUGAAGACGGAAGAGCGAGGAGUUUGAAAGAUCAUUGUCUCGGCUCUAAACAGCAGUCAGUGGAUACUCGCUGAUGUCAAAUCUCCAUGUGCGCUCCGGCCCUGCGAAUAUUUUGUAAUACAAUGUAUGCGCGACGUGGCUGACUGAAAGAACAUGGUCUGCAUUGACGAAUGUCUCCAAAAUGUCGCAACUGAUGGUUUCUAACGCAGGCAUGGCAAAUAAACUCUCUUCCC